AUGCUCCAACACAUUCACGAACGGCCAUUCAAGUGCUCAUUCUGUAGCGCCGAGUUCCUGAAUGUGCGCGAUAAAAAUGCGCACGAAGUGGUAAUGCUUCAGAAUCUGUAAAUUAGGGUAUACAUAUAUUUAAACUAUUUAGCAACACAUGCAUCAUCCGGCCGAGCAAGAAUCAAUGGAUGACAAUUGUUCUCCGUUCAUUCAGGUUCACUCGUCUGGCGAACCAUUGGAAGAGGACGGACAGCCCUGUGGAAUAUACGUGUGUCCGUUCACCUGCAACUUCCAGAGCUACGAAGAAGGUGUCGUGGUUGAGCACAUAAACGUGGAGCACGGCAGAUACGAAGAUGUGUGUUGGGAGGGAGAUCAGCCGGAAGAAGUGACUCAGGAGCAAGCUCAAAUAGAGCACAAGAUGCCGAUUGGAGCAAUUCCGGUAAGGAAAGAAUCAGAUGGAAGGGUUCAAUUUGAGCUGAUUUAGAAUGGAAUGAUCGUGAGAGAGUACACUGAGGAUCCUGAGCAGUUAUACGAAUUUUUCGAGGAACAAUUCGUUCCCCAAGUGGCGUCUGAAGCAAUAAUCGAACAAUCCGGAGAGGUCGCCGAGGAGCCGUGUCCUUCAAAUUCAAUAGAGUACGAAGAGCCGUAUGAUCAACCGGGACCGUCUAAUCGGGUGGUAAUCCAAAAUCCGGUAAUAGAAGAUAUGAUUUACGAUUUGUGAGUUACUUGAGAAGAAUUCAGAUGAGAAUAUAGACUUUCAGAGAAGAAGAGGUGGAGGAGAUGGGACUGGUACACGACGAGGACGACGAACAAGAACGAGUUCGCAUAAUUGUGAAUCCGAAUCCACCUAAAAGAGGCACGAAAAGUGCUCGAGACCACGACGAAGCAUCGGCUGCGUUGACAGAGAUGGUCGUGGAUGCGUCGACUUUGGAACUGGCCGCCCCGACGAGGCAUCUGAAACAGGGAUUUCCGGCAUUGGGAAGGAGAAAAGGAGGCAAGAAGGCGCUCAACCUCGACUGGAUUAUUGACGCCGUGGCAAAAGUAGACAAUCCCUUUGUAGAUGAGCGCAUUUCACUUCUUUUCAGGGUGUUGAUGUGAACGACGCGAGCCCUCAUCACCGAAAGAAACCGACGAUGCACAAAUGCGAAUUCUGCGGAAAAGUGGACAAGUAUCCGAGCAAGAUCCGCGCGCACAUGCGCACGCACACCGGAGAGAAGCCCUUCAAGUGCGACAUCUGUGGAAUGCGAUUCUCGCAGAGGACUCCGAUGAGAUUGCACCUCCGAAGACACUUCGACCAGAAACCGUAUCAAUGUGACGUGGACGGGUGCAAGGAACGAUUCGUAUCGGGAGCCAUUUUGAAGAUGCACGUCGAGAAGAAACAUCUGAAUAAGAAAAAGUAAGCGAUUCUCCAAGAGCUUAGGUUCGCAAAAGAGACUUUUCAGAUACGUGUGUAUUCGUGGAUGCGGACGGGUCUUUUCGAGUGCGUUUAAUCAGAGACAUCACGAGAAGAAGUGUUCGCAAAACACUUAUCUGACAUGGGUCGAAGAGAAUGAAUCCGAGGAAGACACUGCCGGAGAGUACCCAGAAGACGAGGAGGAGUACCUGGACGGAAUGGUGAGAGGGAAAACAGGGGAGGACGAACGCAAUGAAGUGCAAUUUCAGAUGGAUCCGUCCGCUUCGGAAGUGCAUCCAGUUGAGCACUUCCCGGAAGAGCCCGUCUUUCUUCAUCAGUAA